AUGCCCUCAAUGGAACCUCCGUCACUAGCAACGCAUUUGCUCUCAGCGCUGCUACCUCCGCAGAUCGCCGAGUCCAUCCAAAAACACAUCCUACAUCCACGCUCACCCGUCCAAAUCGUCGCGCACAACGUCCUCACCCAGGCGCAGAACCUCCUCGACUCGGCUGCGCCUAUUAUUGAGCCUCUAUUCGACCGCGUCAUGGUCCUCCUUGCAGAAAACCAGGGCCUUGUCGGCGUCGUCGCGUCGCUGGCCGUCCUCGCUACUGUUGUGAUUAUUCUCAACUGGAUCCGCCGUCUGCUUAUGUGGUGGACGCGCAUGGCGAUGCGCAUCGUGUUCUGGGCUUUUCUGGCUGCGCUCGGGGCCUGGAUCUGGGAGCGUGGUGUGUUUGAGAGUGCGAGAGAUAUGGCCGUCAUAAGCGGCAAGAUCCUGGGCUAUGGCGCUGCCAUCAAGGAUGUCUGGCUGCAGGAGUAUGAUCGCUAUGAGGCGCAACAGGGCAUGAGUGGAACAAGAGAUACAGCUUCCGGACGACGAUCGAGGUGA